CGGUCGUACUCUCUCCUGUACCUUCUAUUCUUCAGUGCGGGCACACCUGCUAAUUUUGGUCAUUCCUUGAACUCUUUCUUGUAUACUUUGGCCACGUUCAGCAGGCUCUGAAGAUCGGCGACAUCUAAUACUGGCCUUCCCGCCGCACUCCACCUAAUCCCACAACAUGUCGGCCUACUCAAGUCUCACAGGCCGAGAGCGGUCAAGAUGGCCUCCGCUCACUCGAAUGCUCAUGUCCGGCGAGAUGUCGGACGAGAGGCCGCGACAGCUUUACUUCAAGGAGAAGGUUGACAGAUGGAUGGUCAACGAGGGUUACCGGCGAUUAUUCGUUUUCGUUUUCUUCAUCCUGCAUGUCUUCGUCUUCGUUUUCGGCAUGAUGCAUUACGGGCUGAAGGAUAACUCGAUCGGCGUCCGAGCAAUCUUCGGCCUCACAUUCCCCAUAGCGCGCUCCGCAGCGUUAACGCUGCACGUCGACAUCGCCUUCAUCCUCUUCCCGGUCUGCAGAAACCUGAUCUCCAUGGCCCGGCGGACGCCCUUGAACACCAUCAUCCCCUUCGACAAGAACAUCACCUUCCACAAGCUCGUCGGUUGGUCCAUCGUCUUCUUCUCGUGGGUGCACACGAUUGCGCAUUGGAGGAAUCUGUGGGUAUUCGCGCAAGUCAACAACCUGGGUUUGAAGGGAUUCAUCGCCGCAAAUCUGUUGACGGGCCCCGGAUGGACGGGAUACAUCAUGUUGAUUGCGCUGAUGGCGAUGGCGCUCACUGCGGCCGAGAAGCCGCGACGAGCCCAGUUCGAGCGAUUCUGGUACACGCACCAUCUUUUCGUCAUCUUCUUCAUCUUCUGGUCCAUCCACGGAGCCUUCUGCAUGAUCAAGCCCGACUUCGCGCCCUUCUGUGCCGGAAUCGGUGUCUUCUGGGAAUACUGGAUGUAUGGUGGAUUUGCCUACCUGGGAGAGAGAGUCGCCCGCGAAAUCCGUGGAAAGCACAAGACAUACAUCUCCAAGGUCAUUCAGCAUCCCAGUAAUGUUGUCGAGGUGCAGAUCAAGAAGGAGCACACCAAGACCCAGGCCGGUCAGUACAUCUUUCUGUGCUGCCCCGAGGUCUCUAUCUGGCAAUACCAUCCGUUCACGCUCACUAGCGCACCUGAGGAGGACUACAUCUCUGUCCAUAUCCGUAUAGUCGGAGACUUCACGAGAUCAUUUGCAAAGGCGCUGGGAUGCAAUCUGGAGAAGAAGGCUGGCGGCGAAAAAGGUGGAAAGGACAGUGGCGAGGAAGUCGCUCUUCGACAGAUCCUUCCGCGAGUGUACAUUGACGGACCCUUCGGAUCCGCAUCCGAGGACGUGUUCAAGUUCGAAAUCGCUGUGCUAGUCGGCGCCGGUAUCGGCGUGACGCCCUUCGCUUCCAUCCUCAAGAGCAUCUGGUACCGGAUGAACUACCCGCAGGGCAGAACGCGACUCCGAAAGGUCUACUUCUUCUGGAUUUGCAGGGAUUUCGGCUCGUUCGAGUGGUUCAGGUCGCUGCUGUUGGCCAUCGAGGCGCAGGAUCUCGAGGACCACAUUGAGAUCCACACUUACCUUACCGCCAAGAUCAAGGCCGACGACGCAACCAACAUCAUGAUCAACGACGCCAAUGCCGAGCAAGAUGCCAUCACCGGCCUGCGCGCCCCCACCAACUUCGGCCGCCCCAACUGGGACAUGAUCUUCAAGUCGAUCCGCAAGAUCCACGCGCCCGCCGAAGCAGGCGUCUUCUUCUGCGGCCCCAAAGUGCUCGGCUCCACGCUCCACAUCAAGUGUAACAUGUACUCGGAGCCCGGCUUCAACUUCGUGUGGGGUAAGGAGAACUUCUAGUCGCGCACUCAGUGCGUCUCAGUAUUCUAUCUAGAGGAGGCGAUUCACUCUGCAUUUUGCGCGAAGGAAGAACGAUGAAAACAGCGAAUUCGACACUUAUCACCCGGUACAUAUUACUUCUACCUCUAUCCCCCAUUUUCCCCAUCCUCCCAUCAUGGUUGGUGGUGUUGUUGUUCGAUCUACGUGUCUUGUCGUCGGUUUUUGCAGCGUAUUAUCAUCAUUAGUACUGUACCCCCAUUCCAUUCCCUAAU